UCAGUACUAAAUUGUAGAGCCAUCCACAAGCACUCGCCAGUUCAUAGUCGGAGUCUGUGCGGUGUUGUGAACGCGCAACGCGGAGAUGAAAAUAUACACAGAAUGAAAAAGAAAUGUAAGAAAGGGAAAUACAAUAAAGUGAAUAUAAAAAUGUAAGCGUGUGGACCGAGUGAACGCAGUCGUGGAAAAAAAUAGCUGAAAUUUAAAUCGUUUAAUAUGUGCGUGCGCGAGUUUCAACGAAUAACGGGCGAAUAAAAAAGCAAGUAAAAACGCGAAUAACUGUAAAUAAAAGUGCCGCACUUUAGCCGAACGUCGUUCAAUGCGUGGCAGGAUUUAUAAUGUGAUUUUGGCCAAUUUGCAUUCGUAUUGGUGCGGAAAAAUUACGCAUGGAAAUCAUCGCAGCUUACUUUAUUCUGCUUCUGGUGAAAAUUUCGCCGUACCGGCCGCCGCAGGUUGUCGCGGUUUGCAUUGUGCGUCUGUGAGUGAGUGAGACGAACGCGCUUCGAACAGUUUUGACAGCUGUCAACGUCGCGUCGUGUUGUUGUUGUUGCGGUCGUUGGCUCGCACUAUUGUUGUGUGAGUGUGUGCUAGUGAGUGUGUGGCAUAGUUUUUUAGCACUUUGCACCAAGGUCAGCCAGCAGGAGCAGCAGCAGCAGCAUGCAAAUAGCAAAGCGUCUAGGCAAAAACAACAACACUAAUACAAAGCUAACGCCAACGCCAGCAGAACAAGGAGCAGCAGCAGCAAUAAUCGGCCGCAGUAGCAGCCGUCGCAACAUAAAUAACUGACGUCGCCGAUUCGCCUUCGCCGUCGCCGUCGCCGUCACCGUCACCGUCGUCACACGCAGCGAAAAUGUUUGAGAAAUAUGUCGCCACAUAUGUGCGCGUGUGUGAGCAAGUGAAAUUAAAAUUCCCGCAUGCCUAAUGAAUUCUCGCGCUCUCUCUUUCUGCAAAAUGUGCCAAGCAGCAACAGCAGCAGCAACAACAACAACAACAACAAGAACAAAAGCUUUGUGUGUGUCUGUGUCUUGUUAUUGUAUAUGUGUCGCUGAAUUCUAAAUGAUGGACGCCGCAUACUAAACAAUGGCGUGUUAACCAACAACAACAACAACAACAGCAACAACAGAAGCAGCAUUAAGCUGAAAGUGAAACGGAGCGUUGCUGAUAAGUACAGCAUAAGCGCAAAUAGGAAAAUAAAAACAACAAAAACCAAAAAAACAAAAACAAAACGAAAACAAAGGAUCUGUUGGCAAAGCGUAAACGGCAAAGCAAUUGGAAAAUCUAUUGGAAGUGAGCUGCAUGCAAUUUCAGCCGGUGGCAGCCGGUGGUGCAGCCUGAGCAAAAAUAACCACCACGACGACGACGACGACGCCAACGACAAAUUCACCUGCCUUUUGACAGCGACAGCGAUUGGAGGGAGGAGCCGGCAGGUAGCUGUAGGCGGCAGGCGGCGGUAAGCAUCCUGUGCUGUGGGCAUGUCCACAGCCAAAAGACUGGUGCUCUCGCUACGUGGACGUAAAAAUUCGCAGGGCAACUCGGCGACAUCGUCGACGCGGCUCGUAUCCGCUGGCACCUCGCCGGGCCAUGAGCUGGACGAAAUAGCCGUUGUCUCCGGCACCGGUUCGACUAGCCAUCAUUUCUCCUAUGGCGGCUGCAUUGGCAAUAACAACGACGCCAUCAGCGCCGCGGCUGUGGCCUGUUAUUCAACAGCUGAGCAGCCGAACAAGGCCACGCCCACUGGCCGCCUUUGCCGUACUGCGGCUAUUGAUGGCGGUGACGCAGACGCCGACACGAUUGCUGGCUAUGACGUCAAAGCCACUAAAGCAAACGAUGCCAGAGAUGACGAUGAUGGUGAUGAUGAUGAUGAUGAUGACGACGAUGAUGCUGCAGCUGAACGAUGGCGGCCAAGUGUGCUAAAUGCAACAACUGUCGCACUGCCCGAUAGCAAACAAAACCAAACAACAACAGCAAAACAUCAAAACAACAUAAAAUAUACAACAACAACAGCAACAACAACAAUAACAACAACAACAACAACAACCAGAGCAACGAGUCUUGAGAAGGCGCCACGCGCUAGCUUUUUGAAUAUAAUGCAGCCACGGCUAUCAUUGAACGGCAUGCUCAAUCCACCAUAUCCAUCGCUGAUGCCAUCACCGCGUCCUCUGUACCGUGAUCAUAGCUCCAGGUCCAUCAAUCCGCUGACUGCCUACGAGCAGCAAAUGGCGGAGCUCGAUGGCAGUUUCUAUGGCAGCAAUGCGGGUUAUUUGGGCGGCAGUGCCGGUGGUGGCACCACUUGCACCAAUCUGACUGCGGCUGGUGCUAAUGCAGGCGGUGGUGGUGGUAGUGGAGGUGCUGGUGGUGGUGUUGGUAUAGGUGGUGGUGCCAGUGGCACACAAAGUAGUGGUGGUGGUGGUGGUAGUGGUGGUGCCUUUCAUACAACUGAACUUUCAAUAACACCAACAAUGGCAGCCGAUGAGCAGUUCAUUGAUUUGGGUAGCCUGCGUCGCUUCUCAAUCGAUCGACAGAGCUUUCUGGAUCUAGGCCCCAAGUUUGGCAUGUCCCAGCCGAAAUUCGGUCAGAGCGUCUCGCAACAAGGUUUCUUUACGUCGCAUGACAGCCUGGCCACACCAUGUGCAUCCAGAGCAUCGAACUCGCAUAUGGCCAACGUAAGCACUGCCUCCGAAAUGGAUUUAUUGCACAACAACAAGCAACGCCCCAACAACAACAAGUCGCGCGGACGUCUGAAAACAAUUGGCGGCGAUCAGCCACUGCUGGGCACCUGGAAUCGAUCCACAGGCCGCGGCUCGCAGGAUAACACGCUAGGUGGCGGCGGUGCUGGCAGUGCUGCUGCUGGCGGUGGUGCCACCAACAUGCUCAUGGGCCACACACAAUAUGGCGGCAACUACUGCAAUGGCACAGAUCGCUACCCGCGCUCACGUUCGCAACAGCACCACAAUGCCGGUCAAGCAACGCACCACCCAUACCAGCUGCAGCACUCGGCCUCCACGGUAUCGCACCACCCGCAUGCGCAUGGCCAAUCCGCACAAGGCGGUCCCGGUCCACCUCACGGCGGCCAUCCACACCAUCAGUCACAUGGUGGCAUUGGUGGUGGUGGUGGUGCUGGUGGCAGCGCUGGCGGCGGCCACUCAACCCAGCCGCACCACCAGAAACCGCAUCGUACUGCCUCGCAGCGCAUUCGCGCCGCCACAGCUGCCCGCAAGCUGCACUUCGUGUUCGAUCCGGCGGGGCGGCUCUGCUACUAUUGGUCCAUGGUGGUUUCCAUGGCCUUUUUGUACAAUUUUUGGGUGAUAAUCUACCGCUUCGCCUUUCAGGAGAUCAAUCGUCGCACCAUUGCCGUUUGGUUCUGCCUGGACUAUCUGUCCGAUUUUCUCUAUCUCAUUGACAUAUUCUUUCACUUUCGCACCGGCUAUCUGGAGGAUGGGGUCCUUCAAACGGAUGCACUGAAGCUGCGCACUCACUACAUGAACUCGACGAUCUUUUACAUCGAUUGCCUGUGCCUGCUGCCGUUGGACUUUUUGUAUUUAUCGAUUGGCUUCAAUUCGAUACUGCGCAGCUUUCGUCUGGUGAAGAUUUAUCGAUUUUGGGCCUUCAUGGAUCGCACCGAACGGCACACAAACUAUCCAAAUCUGUUUCGAUCGACGGCCCUAAUACACUAUCUGCUUGUGAUAUUCCAUUGGAACGGCUGCCUCUACCACAUCAUACACAAGAACAAUGGGUUCGGCUCACGCAACUGGGUCUACCACGACUCCGAGUCGGCGGAUGUGGUCAAACAGUAUCUGCAGAGCUACUACUGGUGCACACUGGCAUUGACCACCAUCGGGGAUCUGCCCAAGCCCCGCUCGAAGGGAGAGUACGUCUUUGUGAUAUUGCAAUUGCUAUUCGGCCUGAUGCUAUUCGCCACGGUUCUGGGGCAUGUGGCAAAUAUUGUGACAUCAGUGAGUGCGGCGCGCAAGGAAUUUCAGGCCAAGCUGGACGGAGUUAAGACGUACAUGCGCAUGCGGCGUGUUCCGAAUCAUCUGCAGGUGAAGGUCAUCAAAUGGUUCGAUUACCUGUGGCUCACGCAAAAGUGCUCAGACGAGGAGCGCGCCGUAUCCUGUCUUCCUGAUAAAUUAAAGGCUGAAAUAGCAAUUAACGUCCAUUUAGAUACACUUAAGCGGGUUGAGAUUUUUCAAAAUACCGAAGCUGGUUUCCUUUGCGAAUUGGUGCUGCGACUGCGACCCGUACUCUUCUCUCCGGGCGAUUACAUUUGCCGCAAAGGCGAGGUGGGCAAGGAGAUGUACAUUGUGAAUCGUGGACGAUUACAGGUCGUCGCUGACAAUGGCAAGACGGUGAUGGCCUCGUUAAAGGCAGGUUCCUAUUUCGGCGAAAUUAGUAUACUGAAUAUGGGCACCGCAGGUAAAGAACUUGGCAACAGACGCACCGCCAGCGUCCGCUCAGUGGGCUACAGCGAUCUGUUCGUGCUCAGCAAAAAGGACAUGUGGGACGUGCUCAAGGAAUAUCCAGCGGCUCGCGUUCGUCUCGAAUCGAUAGCCGUCAAGCGCUUAGAGAAAUACAAGAAGGCGCCACUGGAGAAAGUCAAAUACUUUAAUGUAGUUGCCAUGGGCCGUUGCCAGUCAACGCCGGGAUUGGUGGAGAGCUGCGGUCGCACCACUUUGGAGGACAUGUGGCUGCCCCCCGCUGCCGGCAAUAUGCUGCAUCAUGUGCAGCAACAUCAGCAGCAACAGCAACAGCAGCAACAACAGCAACAGCAGCAGCAGCAGCAACAACAACAACAGCAGCAGCAGCAGCAGCUGCCCCAUUCACAUGGCUACAGUCCACGCAGCUAUACGGAGCAUUUGGUGCGUGCCACCGACUCGCCGCGUUCGAUUAGUCCCAGCGCACACGGCUCCGAGGAGAGGCCAAGGAGUCGCGCCACCUCGCACCACUCAAUGCGGCCGCAGUCGCAACCGAGUCAUACAGGUCACAUUUGCGAUUCGAGCUCGCAGCUGGAAUGCUAUGGCGGCGGCGUGGGUGGCGCUGGCGGUGGCACCACACCGCUGCUCGGCUCUCAUGAGGCACUCGAGGAUGAGAUUAAGCGGUUGAGAGAACGUCUGCAUACCGUUGAGUCAGAGAAUCAGGCUCUGAACACUAAGCUCUCGCAGCAGCAAUGGGACUUGGAGAAUCGUCUGGCUGAGAUUGAAAUGCAAAUCUGUGGCGUUUCGUCCACGUCCAGCGUGGAUCCAGAGAACGAGGCCGAGGAGCUGGAACGGAAUCGCGAGAGUAUCAUAUAACACGGGAGCGUGCUGCCCCAUCAGCAUCAGCCGAUCGGUAUGGUGUACAUAUCAUGUUCCUCAUGACUCCAUGAUUCAUACAAGAAAAUCGAAAGAAAACCAAAAAAAAAGAAUGCAUACAAUAUAUAUAUUAUAUAUAUAUAUUUGAGAAAUGGGCGUGGAGCUGCCGCCCGCUACGAAAUGCGCCUCAUAUGAAUUUGCAUCAUACUCUCUGUCUCUGUCUCUAUCUCUCUGUCACUCUCUUUUGCUCUCUCAAACUCACUGUGUUCGUGUGUGUGUGUCACGCCCCCAUACGCCCACAAUAUGUUGUACAUGUGUGUUUUAUACUGUUUCUAUAUCUGUGUGUGUGUGUGUGUGUGAGUGCGUAUGUGAUUGUGUGUGUGUGUGUGAUUGUUGUGCAUGCGGUUGAAAUAUUGCCAAAUUGCCUUACUAACCAACUGACCCCGACGCGAACAGGAGCAGCAGCUGCUAGCACAAGCAACAGCCACACAUCGAGGGAGGAGCAACAGGAGCAGCAAGAGCAACUGCAACUGCAACUGCAACACCAGCAGCAGGAGCAGGAGCAGCAGCAGCAGCAGCAGCAGCGACUGUUGCGACUGCAACAAACUGGUCAAAUCUUGCGACGCAUGCAACGCGCCAGCAACAAUGCAACACAAACAACAACACACAACAACAAAGGCAACAACAAAUAUUGCUCGCUGUAGUACAAAAGAGAAAUGAGAUGGCAGUUUGGAGAAACUAGAAGAGACAAAAGAGCGCAAAGUGCUGGCUAACAAAAGGCCAUUCAACAUUCACCCCCCCUCCCUCUCCCACUAAAAGGGCACUGCCACUAAGGUCUGCAUAGGUCAAUGCAAUAUGUACAUAAAUCUAAUAUCUACAAAAUAAUUCUAAUAACCAGUAAACUAAAUUGCAAAUUCAAAACCAAAAAGACAAACUUAAACUUAAGCUAAGAUUAAAACGAUUAAAUUAGUCGAAAUCGGAAAAGCUUUAAUAGAUAUUCCGAUAAGCAGCUCAUGGAGUCAAGCCAUAUAAACUGUUAUUUAACAGCUCUAGCUGUAGUCCUCUAUCUCACUCUAUCUCUCUCUCUAUCUAUCUAUCUAUCUGUCUCUAAUUACAUAAAUAUAAGAUAUAUAUAGACGAACCUAAAACUUUUUGCCAUACACACUUACAUUAUACGCAUAGAGUAUAUAGCAUCAUUAGGGUUUUGUUUGAACUUCGCUAAUUUUAAUAAUUAGAUAAACAAAUAAAAUGUAAUAAUUUAAAAACCUACAUUAUUAAUCCAUUGCGCAUUGUAUGUAAUUUGCAUUGUAAAUAUUAUCUUUCUAAGGAUUCAAUUAGAGAAUAUCAAAAUGAAAAAAAAAAAAAAAAAUCGAAAAAAAAAAAACUACAAAUAAUUAACUUGAAAAGACACGAACACAAACAAAACACACAAAUAACGGUAAUUACUAUACAAAUAAUUUAAUUUAAAAUUGAAAUUAAUAUGAAUAAUUAGCGUAAUGUAAUAUUUGCUAAUUGUAAUUUGACAAACAACAAAAAAUUUACUAGAUGUGUAUAUGGGAAACGAUUUACUUUAAAAAAUUGAAAAUAAUAUUUAAAGAAGAAAAAAUGUAAGACAAAACACAAAAAAAAAAAAAAAAAUAUGCAAAAUAUUUGUACUAUUGGAAAAGAACUGCCACAGCAUACAACAGACAUACAAAAAAAAAAAAUACUAAAAAGAA